GGCGCGGAGCUGCGGAGUGGAGCGCGAGGAGGUGGAGCCGCGAGCUGCGGACUCCGGCGCCUGCGUCCGCCAGGCCGGCUCGGCUUCCCUCCGCCGCGGGCGCCCCCCAGCUGCUCGGGGCCCUACCCGGCGACAGGCUUCGGAGCGAGAGUCGGAGGGAGAUGGGGCACAGAGGCCGGCCCGGGCGCCGCAAGUCCCGGAGCCCCGAGUACCCCCCACUAGGUCCCCGCAGCGCCCCCUUCGUCUCGCCCGGGUCACGGGUCCCUCAGUGAGCGAGAACCUCCCAAGCCGCCUCACUGGUCAUGGCCAACGGAGUGACCCCGCCGCCCGGGGGCGCCUCCCCCUUACCCCAGGUCCGGGUGCCCUUGGAGGAGCCCCCUCUGAGCCCUGACAUGGAGGAGGAGGACGAUGACUUGGGCAAGACCUUGGCUGUGAGCAGGUUUGGGGACCUCAUCAGCAAGCCCCCGGCCUGGGACCCUGAGAAGCCCAGCCGCAACUACAGCGAGCGGGACUUCGAGUUUCACCGGCACACAUCCCACCACACUCACCAUCCGCUCUCGGUGCACCUGCCUCCACCCCACAAGCUGCGGCGACUGCCCCCCGCCUCUGCCCGGAAGACCAGGAGGAAGAAGAAGGAGAGGACCUCCGUGGCCCCCUCCGAGGGGACCCCUCCCAUCCAGGAGGAGGGGGGAAUGGGGAUGGAGGAGGAAGAGGAGGAGGAGGAGGAAGAGGAAGAGGCAGGGGAAUCUGAGGCAGAGCCUGUGGAGCCCCCACCCUCAGGGUCCCCCCAGAAAGCCAAGUUCUCCAUUGGAAGUGACGAGGAUGACAGUCCCGGCCCCUCUGGAAGGGCUGCCUUCACCAAGCCCCUGUCUUCAGGGGCUCCUCGCUCCGACAAGAGUCCCCAGCACUCGGUCAGCUCCCUCAGCUCCCUCAGCCCCCGGGCCUGGACCUCCCGAGUCGCUGGGGAGAAGAGCCGGCCUUGGAGCCCAUCGGCCAGCUAUGACCUUCGGGAGCGGCUCUGCCCAGGCAGUGCCCUGGGCAGCCUGGGAGGCCCGGAGCAGCAGGUGCCCACUGACGAGGCGGAGGCCCAGAUGUUGGGCUCCGCGGACCUGGAUGACAUGAAAAGUCACAGGCUGGAGGACAACCCUGGCAUGAGGCGGCACUUAGUGAAGAAGCCGUCUCGAACGCAGGCCGUGAGGGGCAGCCCCGGUGGCCUGGCCCCCAUCCUGCGCAAGAAGAAGAAGAAGAAGCAGCUGGACCGGAAGUCUCAUGAGGUGUUUGUGGAGCUGAAUGAGUUGAUGCUGGACCGCAGUGGCCAGGAGCCCCACUGGCGGGAGACGGCGCGCUGGAUCAAGUUCGAGGAGGACGUGGAGGAAGAGACGGAGCGCUGGGGGAAGCCGCACGUGGCCUCGCUCUCCUUCCGCAGCCUCCUGGAGCUCCGGAGGACCAUCGCCCACGGAGCUGCCCUCCUGGACCUGGAGCAGACCACUCUGCCAGGCAUCGCACACCUCAUGGUGGAGACCAUGAUUGUGUCUGACCAGAUCCGGCCGGAGGAUAGGGCCAGCGUCCUGCGCACCCUCCUGCUGAAGCACAGCCACCCCAACGAUGACAAGGACGGUGGCUUCUUUCCCCGAAACAUGUCCAGCUCCAGCAUGAACUCGAUCCUGGGGAACCACCACCCCACUCCCAGUCACGGCCCCGACGGCGCAGUGCCUACCAUGGCCGAUAGCCUGGGGGAGCCGGCUGUACUCUGGUCUCACGACUCCGAUGCCAAGGAGAAGCCCCUCCACCUGUCCGGGGGAGACGGCUACCGGGGGAAAAGCCUGAAGCUGCUGGAGAAGAUCCCCGAAGAUGCCGAGGCUACUGUGGUGCUCGUGGGCUGUGUGCCCUUCUUGGAGCAGCCAGCGGCGGCCUUUGUGCGGCUGCACGAGGCCGUACUCCUGGAGUCCGUGCUCGAGGUCCCCGUGCCGGUUCGCUUCCUCUUCGUGAUGCUGGGGCCCAGCCACACCACCACCGACUACCACGAGCUCGGGCGCUCCAUCGCCACCCUCAUGUCUGAUAAGCUGUUUCACGAGGCGGCCUACCAGGCCGACGACCGGCAGGACCUCCUGAGCGCCAUCAGCGAGUUCCUGGACGGCAGCAUCGUGAUCCCGCCGUCCGAGGUGGAGGGCCGCCGUGAGCUGCUGCACUCCGUGGCUGCCUACCAGCGUGAGCUGCUGAAGAAGCGGAUGAGCUCCCUGGGAGGCUACGUGGCCCCUGGGAAAGAGCUGUCGGUGGAACUGGGGGGCCCCGAGGUGAUCCCUGAAGACGACCCCCUGCGACGGACUGGCGUGGUGUUUGGGGGGCUCAUCCGGGACGUGAUGCGCCGGUACCCGCACUACCCCAGUGACCUGCGGGAUGCCCUGCACUCCCAGUGCGUGGCCGCUGUGCUCUUUAUCUACUUCGCUGCCCUCAGCCCUGCCAUCACCUUCGGGGGGCUGCUAGGGGAGAAGACCGAAGGGCUGAUGGGCGUGUCCGAGCUGAUCGUGUCCACGGCUGUGCUGGGCAUCCUCUUCUCCCUGCUGGGGGCCCAGCCGCUGCUGGUGGUUGGCUUCUCAGGGCCACUGCUGGUCUUUGAAGAAGCCUUCUUCAAGUUCUGCCAGUCCCAGGACCUGGAGUACCUCACCGGCCGGGUGUGGGUCGGCCUCUGGCUGGUGGUCUUCGUCGUUGCUCUGGUGGCCGCGGAGGGCAGCUUCCUGGUCCGCUACAUCUCGCCUUUCACCCAGGAGAUCUUCGCCUUCCUCAUCUCUCUCAUUUUCAUCUACGAGACCUUCUACAAGAUCUACCAGGUGUUCAUGGAGCACCCACUGCUGCCAUUCUACCCCCCUGAGGGGGUGCCGGAGGCUGAGAUGGACCUGAACGGGAGUGCUCUGCCACCCACCGAGGGGCUGCCGGGCCCGAGGAACCAGCCCAACACAGCCCUGCUGUCGCUCAUCCUCAUGCUCGGGACCUUCUUCAUCGCCUUCUUCCUGCGCAAGUUCAGGAACAGCCGCUUCCUGGGAGGCAAGGCCCGCCGCAUCAUCGGGGACUUCGGCAUCCCCAUCUCCAUCCUGGUCAUGGUCCUGGUGAACUCUUCCAUCACAGACACCUACAUGCAGAAGCUGACAGUGCCCACGGGGCUCUCGGUGACCUCCCCGAACAAGCGCACGUGGUUCAUCCCGCCCCUGGGCAGUGCCCGACCGUUCCCGUCCUGGAUGAUGGUGGCAGCUGCUGUGCCCGCCCUCCUGGUCCUCAUCCUGAUCUUCAUGGAGACCCAGAUCACCGCGCUCAUUGUCAGCCAGAAGGCUCGGAGGCUGCGCAAAGGCUCCGGCUUCCACCUGGACCUGCUCCUGAUUGGCUCCCUGGGGGGGCUCUGCGGGCUGUUUGGGUUGCCCUGGCUCAGCGCCACCACCGUCCGCUCGGUCACCCACGUCAAUGCCCUGACCGUCAUGCGCACCGCCAUCGCGCCCGGAGACAAGCCCCAGAUCCAGGAGGUGCGGGAGCAGAGGGUCACCGGCGUGCUCAUCUCCUGCCUCGUGGGCCUGUCCAUCGUCAUGGGGGCCGUGCUGCGCCAGAUCCCGUUAGCCGUGCUCUUCGGGAUUUUCCUGUACAUGGGAGUCACGUCGCUGUCUGGCAUCCAGCUGUCCCGGCGUCUGUUGCUCAUCCUCAUGCCAGCAAAACACCAUCCCGAGGAGCCCUAUGUGACCAAGGUGAAGACGUGGCGGAUGCACCUGUUCACCUGCAUCCAGGUGGGAUGCAUCGCACUGCUCUGGGUGGUCAAGUCCACAGUGGCUUCGCUCGCCUUUCCCUUCGUGUUGCUGCUCACGGUGCCUCUGAGGCGUUGCCUUCUGCCCCGGCUUUUCCAGAACAGAGAGCUGCAGGCGCUGGACUCGGAAGACUCCGAACCAAACUUCGACGAGGAUGGCCGGGACGAGUACAACGAGCUGCACAUGCCUGUGUGAUCCUCCGGCAUGGUGCCCCUCGGAGGCCCCAGCCCCUUAGUGACUGAUGCCCGGGCCCCAUUGGAGCCCAGCUCCAGGGCCAGUGGGCCCCUCGUGACCCAAAGGCGUGCCUGGGACCGCAAUGAUGCCGCGGCCCUCAGGCCCUCGGGCCCUCGGACUGUGUCCGAGGCUCUGACCCUGUCUCGUCCAGGUCCUUUCUCAGACCAGACUGACACAGGCUUUGAGCUCAUUAUAACCACACCCCUUGUCUUGUGUCUGCCUCA